UUUGCUUGUGGAUUGGGGUAUGAUGAGGUAGAAAAUGAGCCGAUGGUCAGCGACGAAUUAAUAUGAUGUGGUAAUUUUAAAAUUCCGGGAUAAAUUUUGCUUCAAGGACCUCACAAUUACUCUAAUUUUAUAAUAAUAAUUAACUGGGUGAGUGUAGUCCCACUUUCUCACCCCUCAAUCCGUCACGCAUUCGAAAUAAAAAAUUGGCGAAUGAUUUCAAACCUGAAUCCAUGAAGUUUAUCCUCCGUAACGAGAAAGAAUAAAUCGGACAGAUGUAGAGGUAAUAAUCCAUAAUGAAUCGUGAAAUUUGAUGCUCUGACAAGCGCCAGGGCAAUCUCUCGCAGGCGCCCUGUGCCCUUCUCCUCGCGCUUCCUGGUGUUUGAGGCGCGAGUCGCAUAAAUCCUUUUUUUCCAUCAUUCUACCACAAACGAUAGGUGCCAACUGGGGGAGGGGAAGAGGGGAUGAACGGGUCGUGUGCGCGUGCUCAGAGAUCCCAGCAAAUGCGCCUUCAGUAACAGAGAGACCGUCGAACUGCGCGUUUCUCAUCAACUAACGCCACGUGCCCGCACAUCCCACGUGGUUGAAAGCAGUGAAAGCUGAUUAUUUGAGAUACAGUGGGGUGAAGAAUUCAGUGGUUUGAGGGGGGGUGAUUUAAUCGUCAAAGUGACGCUUAAACGACGGAUUUUCGUCAACCUGGAGGAAAAUAAAUCCAUCAACCUGGAGUCCGCUUGUCAGAAAAGGCGGAAAUGUGAGGUUGAAGGGAAGGAGGUAAAGGCCGAACUGACGGUCCAACGCAAUAUGUUCCCCAGCGCUCAAAUUAAAAUGAGUAUUUUUGUCAGAUUGCUGUCGCCAAGCAAUUCGCCAGCAACAUCACCAACGAUGUCCAAUUCGUCGUCGCCGACUCCCCCGACGCAGCCACCCCCAACUUACAAUCAAAAAAUGACGGGAAUCCCCUGUGUCGCUGCCGCCUCGCGAUAUACAGCACCUGUUCACAUCGACGUCGGCGGGACCAUCUACACAUCGUCAUUGGAGACCUUAACAAAGUACCCUGAAUCGAGAUUAGCUAAACUCUUCAAUGGCAAUAUUCCGAUUAUGCUGGACUCCCUGAAGCAGCAUUACUUCAUCGAUCGGGAUGGCGGAAUGUUUCGACAUAUUCUCAACUUCAUGAGAAAUUCACGUUUACUCAUUCCGGAUAAUUUUGCUGAUCUUGAUUUGUUGCUGGAGGAGGCACGAUAUUUCGAUAUCGGACCAAUGUGCAGACAAUUGGAACAAAUGAAGAAGGACCGCUUGAAAAACGGCGUGAUGUCACCCCCGAGUCCACCCUCAGGUCAAACAGGUCGUCCAACGUGUCGGGAUGAUAAAAAGUCAGCUGAGGCGUACGAAUGUGUCGCACUUCACGUGAGUCCGGAUCUCGGUGAACGUGUGAUGCUGUCAGGUGGCAGAUCACUCCUGGACGAAGUUUUUCCGGAAACCUCACAGGCCGUCAUCGACGCCCGCUCCGGAGUUGCUUGGCACCACCAGGACACACGUCACGUCAUACGUUUUCCCCUGAAUGGUUUCUGCAAAUUAAAUUCCGUUCAGGCAAUCACGAGACUCCUGAAUGCUGGCUUUCGGGUUGUGGCCAGCAACGGCGGUGGUGUCGAGGGACAGCAAUUCUCGGAGUACCUUUUUGUUCGCCAGGGGAACAACACCUGACAGAUGACAUCGUGAAUGAACUAAAAUUUAGAUCUCGAAAGGCUGGCGUUUCAUGUCUUUCAUAAAAUCGUAGGAGUUUCAUAAAACCAAUGGGAUUCUGUGGGAAAACGGUAGAAAGACUUGAAAUGCUUCGGAUUUUAUUCAAUGCAAUCAUUUAUUUUUAUAUAUUUUUUUAUCUAAUAUUGUUGACGUGUUUCUCAAAUGAAAAGCGAAUCUGAUAAUUUCGAGGGGAAUUUGUUCCUGCGACUUCGUGGUUUUUAUGAAGCAGUUGAGAGGCUUCGGAAAAAACUUCUAGGGCGGCGCACGUUCCCCAGGAAGUUCACCCUCUGCGUCAAUUAUUUCGCGGGGUCAAUUCUACCGCUUUUUCACAGGAUCACAGAAAUUGUCCUGCGAGGACGUGAGAAUAUUUUGAGAUUGACUGGGGUUAAUGUGUGCCUGUCCACAUUCUCCACGUUAUUUAAGAGUGUACCUAAUGUAAUUUAUACAAUCGUCAAUAAUUAAUUAAUUAAUGUAAAUAUCAGUUAAAAGAAAAAUUCAAGUUCAAUGUAUGUACCGAACCAGCGCCAAUCACCUGCUCACAGGUAUAUUAUUGAUGUACUUGGGUACGAAUUGAGAAUAAAAAUUUAUUACUUUCAUUGAAAUAUAUAAAA